AUGGGUGAAAAUGAUACAAACGAACAGGGUCUCCCGAAAGAUGCAGCCACUUAUCUUAAAAGACUAGCUGAAACAAAAGUGCCCGUGGUGACGGUUGAUUUCACCAUACAUGAGAUGGACGAUGGUAGCAAAGUGUCAACUUUAGACCGUUAUUGUAAAGACGUCCAAGCACCUGCUGUUCAUAAGCCAACGGAUGAGGAAUUCUUUUCCAAAGAUGAUCCUGAAAAACCCGAUAUUCAAUAUUUGAAGAAUCAUUUCUACCGUGAGGGAAGAAUUACGGAGGAACAAGCUUUAUUCAUUAUCAAUAAGGGAACUGAAUUAUUAAAGCAAGAACCCAACUUAUUGGAAGUAGAUGCACCUAUAACGGUGUGUGGUGAUAUUCAUGGACAAUAUUAUGAUUUGAUGAAAUUAUUCGAAGUUGGUGGUAAUCCAGCAGAGACUCGAUACCUUUUUCUUGGUGAUUAC